AUGAGAGUCAAAACAGAAUAUCACGAUGUUUUCUCGGGAAUCGGAUGUUUAGAGCGGCCUUAUCAUAUCAAUCUGAGUUCUGCAGUGCAACCAGUUAUAGUUCCACCAAGGCGAAUUCCGUUUGGUUUGGAGGAUCGAGUCAAGUACGCGCUAGAUGAAAUGUGCAACCAGGGUAUAAUCGUGGCAGUGGAUCAACCGACCGACUGGGUAAAUGCGAUGGUCGUCGUGGAAAAGAAAAAUACUAACAAAUUGCGAAUUUGUAUAGACCCGCGGCCCCUUAAUAAAGCAAUCAAGCGAGAACAUUACCAUCUACCUACGAUUGGAGAGAUUACUACGAGACUGAGUGGAGCGAAAUAUUUCUCUACUCUUGACGCAAGAUCGGGAUUUUGGCAAAUUUCUUUAGACGAAGAGAGUUCAUAUCUUACAACUUUCGGAACAACUUUCGGAAGAUAUCGUUAUACACGUAUGCCUUUCGGCAUUCAUAGCGCCCAGGAAGUAUUCCACAAGAGGAUAGAUGAGCUUUUCCAAGAUCUUGACGGUGUUGAGACUGACAUCGACGACAUCCUGGUAUGGGGCACUACGAUAGAAGAGCACGACGAAAGGUUGGAGAAAGUUUUGCUGGGAGCAAGACAAGGCAAUCUUAAACUAAAUCCUGACAAGUGCCAGAUCAGACGCACCAAAGUUUUGUACAUUGGGCAUGUACUUACCGGAGAUGGAGUCAAGCCAGACGCAUCUAAGUUAAAAGCGAUCACGGAGAUGCCAGUUGCGGAAGACAAGCAUGGAAUUCAACGUUUGCUCGGAAUGGUGAAUUAUGUGGCGAGGUUCGCACCACAUGUCUCAGAAGUAACGGCACCUCUACGCGAACUCCUCAAGAAAGAUGUUGCGUGGCACUGGACUGAGCGUCAUGAACAAUCAUUUCAAGGUAUCAAGCGUCUUUUAACGGAGACGAGUCCCGGAGUAUUGAAAUAUUACGAUCCAAAGUUGCCAGUAAAGCUGCAAGUAGAUGCGUGCAAGUCUGGGUUGGGUGCAGUAUUGAUGCAAAACGGUUCACCAAUAGCCUAUGUUUCUCGUUCGCUAACAGAGACUGAGUCCGAGUACGCUCAAAUCGAGAAAGAAUUAUUGGCAGUUAUGUUUGGUUGCGAGCGGUUUCAUCAGUACGUCUAUGCCAAGAAAGUGUUGGUCGAGACGGAUCACAAGCCACUCAUUUCAAUCGUCUCUAAACCACUCAACAAGGCGCCAGUAAGGUUGCAGCGCAUGCUCCUACGGUUACAGCGCUAUGACAUCGACUUACGUUAUAAACAUGGGAAAGAGCUGUAUUCUGCAGAUACACUCUCGAGAGCUCACCUUCCUACUUCUGACAACGACGACGAAGAUCUUGUUCUAUGUGUGCACACGGCGAUAUCAAACCUACCAGUGAGUGACAAGAAAUUAGCAGAGUUGCGUCAGGAAACAGCUAAUGACAGCAUUAUGGUCAAAUUGACAAGAAUAAUUCAAGAAGCAGGCUGA